GCUCCAGUCUCAGCAGCAGUAGCAGCGGGAGGAGAAACGUAUAAUCCGCUCCUUAACGUUGACAGCGACGUGACGAGAGCGAAUUUAACCGGUCUGUUCAGGAAACGGGACACCGUGACACAUAUUUGAGCAGAGCCCGUGUGACUUUAACCGCACGGGGUGUUUAGAGACGGAAGAGCGGCUGCCAGGCCGUACGCGGGCGGAUGGGAUUCCCAGUCUAGAUGGAGAGAAACCGAGCGGGCGGAGAAGCGUCGCUGCUGUAAAUAAUUCAACAUCGGCGUGAUCAACAAAAAUGCAUCUGCACCAGGUGCUGACGGGGGCCGUUAACCCAGGGGACUGCUGCUACUCCGUUGGAAGCGUCAACGACGUCCCGUUCACGGCUUAUGGAUCAGGCUGUGAUAUUGUGAUCCUCGCCAGUGAUUUCGAGUGUGUUCAGAUUAUUCCUGGAGCUCAGAAUGGAAACAUUCAGGUGGGCUGUGUGGAGUGCUCUCAGCAGCUCGGCAGGAUUGCUGCAUCUUAUGGAAAUACUGUGUGUAUUUUUGAACCAAUUUCUUCCAAUCCAAACAAACGUCACAAGCAACUGAAUUACCAGUGGCAGAAGACUGGUCAGUUCUUCCUCAAUGCUAUAACCUACAAUCUAGCUUGGGACCCCCAAGGCAACCGUAUCUUGGCGGCGACGGAGCGUUUGCAGCUCUGGGCUCCUCCAGCCAGUGACGCCCUGAUAGAGGAAGAGGACAGUCAGCUGAAUGAUGACAGAGCUCUUGAACUCGUACUAAACGACUGGAAGUGUGUCUGGCAGUGCAAGACCGCUGCUGCUAUUCUCAUCACUCAGUGGUCUCCAGAUGGAGAAUACUUUGCCACUAUUGGAAAGGAUGACUGUCUGCUGAAAGUGUGGUAUCCCACCACAGGAUGGAAAUCUGCUGUGGUUCUGCCAGACGUGACUGAUAAAAAGGCCCCAGCUGUUCAUUUCUCAUUCGUCUAUCUGGCUCAUCCACGUACAGUCACAGGCUUCUCCUGGAGGAAAACCAGUAAAUACAUGCCGAAGGGCUCAGUGUGUAACGUGUUGCUGACGUCCUGCGCAGAUGGCAUCUGUCGUCUGUGGAGUGAGACCCUCUUGCCGGAGGACAGUCUGUUGGGGGGGCAGAUCUCAGAGAACAGCACCAGCUUCAGCUCCUCUCUGCCAAACAUGGCUCAGAAAGACAAGAUACAGCACGCUCUGGAGUCUAUCCACCACCUGAAGCACCUGCGCAGGGGCCGCAGAAGAUCUUCUGCUCUGGUGGCCCACACAGAGGUGCUGCCCAGUCAGCUGGGAUCCCACGAAACCCACCGGCACAUCUCACACCAUGCCAACGCCCUCUGCCACUUCCACAUCUCAGCCAGCAUCAAUCCUAACACAGAUAUCCCCGCAGCGCUGGCUGGAUCGGGCCUGUUCUCUGAGGAUGCCAGCGGAGGGUUUGUGGUUCACUGGCUGAAUAAUAAAGAUCUGAGCUUCACCACCUCUAUGGAUCUGUUCAUGCAGCAGCUGCGCAAACUCUCUGAGCAGCACCUGGAACAAGCUACGGAGGACUUUGAACAGGAAGGAACGGCCAAAUUUGACUUUGAUCUAGAUGAGAUGUCUGAUAAGGGAUCAUCGGAGCAUGAGGAGGGCGAUCAGGAGGGCAGCACCAAGGCCUCAUCUCCAGGUUCGAGCAGCAGCGUACCUCUGCCCUCCGUCUUACUGGAUCGGAAGCUGGAGACGCUUAUACUGGAAUGGAACAAGAGUCCGGACAUGCUUUUCACUAUUCACCCACAUGACGGGUCUUUCCUUGUCUGGCACGUCAAAUACCUGGAUGAGUUUAUACCUGGAAUCUUCAGACAGGUUCAGGUAUCAUUCUCUUCCCGUAUCCCGGUGGCAUUCCCCACGGGUGACGCAAACUCUCUCAGUAAGAACAUCAUGAUGUACGCCUGUACGUUUAUGGACCAGGACAGCUGCAGUGCUUUGGAGGAGAAGCGCAGCGAGCGUCGAGUUCCUCAGAGCGCGUCAGCUUCUGCUGGUCUCGGUUCUCUCGGACACUCUCUCGCCGCUGUCAUCGGCCCUGCUGUCAUGAUGGUGUCUAAACACGUGGACGGCUCCCUCAACCAAUGGGCUGUGACCUUUGCUGAGAAGUCUGCCUUUUCCAACGUCCUCACGGUUUCGCACAAGUUCCGCUACUGUGGGCACCGUUUCCAUCUCAAUGACUUGGCUUGCCACACUGUACUUCCCUUGCUUCUGACAUCAUCGCAUCAUAAUGCUCUGUUGACUCCCCCCUCUGGAUCUGGAAGCAUUGAUGGAGAUCUGAUUGGGGGCGUGGCUCAACAGCCCACCAGACCAAUGAGAGGCAUUCCUCGUAAACAGCUACGAAAUGCAGCCACACGUACGUUCCACGACCCAAAUGCGAUCUACAGUGAGCUUAUUCUAUGGAGAGUUGAUCACAUUGGGCCACUGUCCUGCACGGGAGGGGUGUCUGAACUUGCACGAAUCAACUCCCUCCAUACAUCCGCAUUCUCCAAUGUGGCUUGGCUGCCUACACUGAUCCCCAGCUCAGUGCUCGGAACAUACUGUAACUCAGCAAGUGCAUGCUUCGUGGCUUCUGAUGGGAAAAACCUGCGCCUGUAUCAGGCUGUGGUGGAUGCCCGCAAACUACUGGACGAACUCUCCGACCCAGAAACCUCAAAACUGGUGGGUGAGGUGUUUAACAUUGUGAGUCAGCAGUCCACUGCCCGACCUGGCUGCAUUAUAGAGCUGGAUGUCAUUACUAACCAGUGUGGCUCGAACACACAGCUGCUCCACGUAUUCCAGGAGGAUUUUAUUUUGGGAUACAAACCACAUGAAGACAUUCCAGAUUUCAACAUUAAUAGUUUUCCCUCUGGAGAAGAUUACCAGCCACCACCGUUCUCAGAGAAGUUCUAUUUGGUGGUGAUCGAGAAGGAUGCUAAUAGGAACUCAGUGUUACAGAUGUGGCAUCUUCAUCUGCGCUCGGUGCAGGCGUGUAUGGAAGAACCGGUAAAUGACUACGUGUUCCAGAACCAGCUGAUGGUUCCUUUGAGUCAGACCAAUGCUGACUCAUCUCCUGAUAUCACUCCGGGUCACAGUCCACUGCCACGCUCCUCCUCCUCCGCCAACUUGCAGUCAGCGAGCAAACUCAUCCUGAGCUCUAAACUGGUCUACAAUCAACGACUAGACCUGCCUCCAGGGGUGGAGCUUAUCAGAGCCACACCCUCCGCUGGUCACUUGAGCUCUUCAUCUAUCUACCCUGUGUGUUUGGCUCCAUACCUGAUUGUGACCACCUGUUCUGAUGGACGUGUCAGGUUCUGGCACUGCAGGGUGGACAUGGACUUAUCAGCUCCACAACCCGAAGAGACACACUCAUAUCGGUGGGAGCACUGGAGCCUCCUGAAAGAAGAAGAGGACAAUGACAGCUCCGUGUGUGUUGCUGGCCGACCUGUUGCAGUCAGUUGCUCCUACACAGGAAGACUUGCAAUAUCGUUCAAACAGAUAUCACCCGGAAGCGAAGGUGGGCUGUCUCAGGAAUUCUCCAUGCUUGUAUCAAUCUACGAGUGCGAGUCGACGGGUGGCUCGGAGUGGGUCCUGGAACAGACGAUUCACCUUGAUGAUUUUAGCAAACCUGCAAAAACACUAGAUCCACGUGUUAGUGUUGAUAGCAACUUGUUUGUUUAUAGCAAGUCCGAUCUGUUUGUAACCAAAGACAGCCCCAAUAUCAAGCACUUUGUGCACCUGGACUGGCUGUCUAAAGAAGAUGGGUCACACAUCCUGACGGUUGGGGUUGGAUCCAACAUUCUUAUGUACGGCCGGAUCUCAGGGGUUGUGACCGAGCAGACAGGAGUGAAAGAUGGCAUGGCAGUCACCCUGCCUCUUGGAGGAAGUAUUAAACAGGGAAUUCGCUCUCGUUGGGUGCUUCUGAGGGCUGUGAACCUUGUCUCUUCCGUAGACGGGACUCCAUCCCUACCGGUGUCCUUAUCCUGGGUGCGUGAUGGCAUCCUGGUGGUGGGCAUGGAUUGUGAGAUGCAGGUUUAUGCACAAUGGAGGCAGGACGAGAAACUGGGUGACUCUGAGGACAACAGCAUCUCCUCCCCAGAGGGCAUUGGAGGACGCACUGUGUCUGUUUCACAUGAGGGCAGAGCACGAUCCAAGAGUGUCUUUGAAGGUAGUGCGGGAAUUGACGAUGCAUUCCGUCCACCAGCGGUGAUUCAAGAUGGUGGCUUGUUUGAGGCUGCCCAUUCAUUAUCGCCCACUCUCCCGCAGUACCAUCCAACCCAGCUGCUUGAGCUUAUGGACCUCGGAAGGGUACGUCGAGCCAAGGCCAUCUUGGCACAUCUGGUCAAGUGCAUUGCUGGAGAAGUUGCAGUGGUGAGGGAUGUGGAAGCAGGUGAGGGUGGUGCCAGGAGGCAUCUAUCCCGAACAAUCAGCGUGACUGGCAGCACAGCAAAAGACACAAUAGUUGCCGGUCGAGAUGGUGGGCGAGAUUACACUGAGAUCAACUCCAUUCCUCCACUUCCUCUAUAUGCCCUUCUGUCUGCAGACCAAGAAACAUCCUAUAAAGCGAAGUGGGGAAGGGGAGAUGGAGAAGAAGUGGCUAAGACUGGUAAAGGGAUGGAACGUGACGUGCAGAAACAGCCGGAGGAUCACUAUGCUGACCUCUUUCAGGUGCAGUCUGUCACCACUGAUGAUUUUGUGAGCUUUGCCACAGAAAAACCAGAGAAGAAGUCUCGUGUAAUUAACCUGUCACAGUAUGGACCCACGUACUUUGGCCCCGAACACGCACAGGUGCUGUCCUCGCAUCUUAUGCACUCCAGCCUCCCAGGACUCACUCGCCUUGAGCAAAUGUUCCUUGUGGCUCUUGCCGAUACUGUGGCGACCACUAGUGCUGAAGUAGCAGGACCCACGGAUAAGCAGUACACUGGUGGAGAUGCUUUAGAUGAGUGUGGUUUACGUUACCUGCUGGCCAUGAGGUUGCAUACUUGUCUACUGAACUCCCUGCCCCCUCUUUACAGGAUGCAGCUACUUCAUCAAGGUGUGUCCACGUGCCACUUUGCGUGGGCAUUCCACUCAGAAGCAGAGGAGGAGAUGUUGAACAUGAUUCCUGCCAUGCAGAGAGGAGACCCUCAGUGGUCUGAGCUUAGGGCGGUGGGUGUCGGAUGGUGGAUCAGAAACAUUAAUACACUGAGGCGAAUGGUGGAGAAGGUAGCAAAAGCUGCGUUUCAGAGGAAUAAUGAUCCACUGGAUGCAGCUCUCUUCUAUCUGGCCAUGAAGAAGAAGGCUGUUAUCUGGGGACUCUUCAGGUCUCUGCACGAUGAGAAGAUGACCCAGUUUUUCAGCCAUAACUUCAGUGAGGAUCGCUGGAGGAAGGCGGCUUUAAAGAACGCUUUCUCUCUCCUGGGAAAACAGCGCUUCGAGCAGUCGGCUGCGUUUUUCCUGCUUGCCGGCUCCCUGAAAGACGCCAUUGAGGUUUGCCUGGAGAAAAUGGAGGAUAUCCAGCUUGCGAUGAUAGUGGCUCGUCUGUACGAGGCUGAUUACGAGAGCUCCUCCACCUGUCAGGGUAUCCUAUAUGAGAAGGUUCUGGGCUGCAACAGAGACGGUAGCGGAUUCUCCUGUCCCAAACUGCACCCGGACCCCUUCCUGAGGAGCAUUGCAUACUGGAUCAUGAAGGAUUACACCAGAGCCCUGGACACACUGCUAGAACAGAUUCACAAGGAGAAUGAUGAGAACCCUGAUGUGCUGGUGAAAUCCUGCAAUCCUGUUGUGUUUAGUUUCUAUAACUACUUGCGCACACACCCCCUGAUCAUUCGCCGGCACUUCGCCAACACUGAAGCACCUUUAGCUGCAGUCGGUCCAACAACAGAGCGCAACAGCGCCGAUGAAAUAAAUCUGAUUGAGCGCAAGCUAUUCUUCACCACUGCUAAUGCUCACUUUAAGGUGGGCUGCCCACUUCUAGCCCUUGAGGUUUUAUCUAAAAUCCCUAAAGUCACUAAGAAAGCGUCCUCUCUGAGUAAAGGCUCGUCUGUGGCCAACAUCAGCAGCAUCCAGCCGCAAGAGAACGGAGGCAAAGCUUCAGAUCUCGACUGGGGAAUUCCUGCGAUCCCCAGUCAAGCCUGGGGAGCCGACUCUUCCACCGGGAUGGACUGGAGUCAACCACUGGUUAAAGUGGAGGAUGAGAGCCUACAGUUGGACUGGGGAGAUGAUAAGGGGGAGGAGGAGGAGGAUGAAGAAGGUGGACUAACCAUGAAGAAACCAGAGGAUGAGGAAGACAAAAAGCCGUCUAAAUCAGCAGCCCUGCAGCAUGAAGACUCAGCCGGCGAGUCAGAGGUGGAUGUUAUCGCUGAACAGCUCAAGUUCAGAGCCUGUUUGAAGAUCCUCAUGACGGAGCUGAGGACGCUGGCCACAGGUUAUGAGGUGGAUGGUGGAAAACUGCGAUUUCAGCUCUACAACUGGCUGGAGAAAGAGAUCGAGGCCAUGCACCACAUCUGCAACUAUAAGGUUGAGGGGAAAACGGCUGUAGGUCAGCUGGAGAAAUGGGGCGGAGAUGGAUCACUAGACCUGGAAGACUCACAGAUUCGGGGUGAAGCAGGUGCAUAUGAGCGACACCAGAUGGAGCGUCGGCGUCUGCAGGCCAAACAGCUCCAUGCGGAGCGGAGAAAAGCCUGGCUGAGGAAGAAUCAAGCUCUGCUCAGAGUCUUCCUCAGUUACUGCAGUCUGCACGGGGCCAAGGGUGGAGGAGUGACGUCAGUCAGGAUGGAGCUACUAUUCCUACUGCAGGAAUCACAGCAAGAAAUGACAGUGAAGCAGCUUCAAUCUCCACUACCCCUCCCCACCACUCUGCCCCUGUUGUCGGCCAGCAUCGCUCCCACCAAGACCGUCAUCGCCAACCCCGUCCUGCACCUCAGAAACCACAUUCAUGACAUCCUCUUCACCAUUGUUCAGAUGGAGGCUCCACCACACCCGGACAUACUGGACGACCGGGUGAAUGCUUUACACACUCUUGCUGCUUCUCUGUCAGCUUGUAUCUACCAAUCGCUGUGUGACAGCCACAGUUACAGCAGUCAGUCAGAGGCCAGUCAGUUCACUGGGAUGGUGUAUCAGGGGCUGUUACUGAGCGACAGACGUAGACUUCGCACUGAGAGUAUUGAGGAACAUGCAACGCCCACCUCUGCCCCUGCACAGUGGCCAGGUGUGACGUCUCUGAUCAGUCUGUUGGGAUGUGCUCAGGGUGAUGAUUAUGUGCGUCUGAACGUUAUGCUUUGCGAGGCUGUGGUGGCCGUGUAUCUCAGUCUGCUGAUUCACGGUCUCGGCACUCAUUCUGGAAACGAGCUCUUCCGACUGGCCGCUCACCCACUCAACAACCGCAUGUGGGCUGCUGUGUUUGGGGGCGGAGCCAAACUGAUAGUCAAGCCCAAGCGGCCACCUGAAAUCGCACCAGCCAAUAUGGAGUCAAACAAGCAGGCAGAGCUUCAAUCUGAGAAUAAUGCAGCGGUUCCUCCUCCAACUCCUCCUGCUGAGGAUGUGGACCGCCAGCGGCGCAGGUUUAAUAUGCGCAUGCUAGUACCAGGGCGUCCUGUUAAAGAGACUCCAGCCACACCUCCGCCCAUUCCUGUAGAGCGGCCCACCUAUAAGGAGAAGUUCAUCCCACCCGAGCUCAGCAUGUGGGAUUACUUUGUGGCCAAACCUUUUCUUCCUCUUUCUGACAGUGGGGCGCUGUAUGAUUCGGAUGAGAGCGGUGCUAGUGACGAUGAGGAUGAUGAUGAUGCCUUCCUUUCUGACACCCAGAUGACCGAACACUCCGACCCAAAUUCCUACAGUUGGUCUCUGAUCCGCCUAGUGAUGAUCAAACAUGGCCUGCACAAUGUCAAGACAUUCCUUCCCCUGGCUGGACUGGACUUUACAGAGUUACCAGUGACGUCUCCACUCUCCAAUGCUGUGCUGAAGACAUUGGAAAACUGGGAGCAGCUUCUCUUGGAAAAGAUCAACAAGUUUGAUGGCCCGCCACCAAACUAUAUUAACACCUACCCCACUGACCUGAGUGCAGGUGGGGGGCCGGCUAUACUUCGACACAAAGCCAUGCUGGAGCCAGAGAACACACCGUUCAAGUCAAAGCACCAUCUGUCUUUCCCUGCUCGCCGUCUGUGGCAUUUCUUGGUCAAACAGGAAGUGCUUCAGGAGACUAUGAUUCGGUACAUCUUCACUAAGAAAAGGAAGCAGAGUGAGCCUUUAGAUGAUCAUGUGGACCACCUCAUACAAAACUACGUUACUGGAGCUCGCAAAACCAGCAAGGUGGAGGCUGAUAUGGGUUACCCAGGAGGAAAAGCUAAAAUCAUCCACAAGGAAUCAGACAUCAUCAUGGCAUUUGCCAUUAACAAGGCUAACACUAAUGAAAUAGUGCUGGCGUCCACUCAUGAUGUCCAGGAAGUGGACGUGUCUACACUGGUCGCAGCUCAGCCGUACACUUGGAUCGGAGAGGACUUUGAUAAGGAGUCCCGAAGCUCUGAUGAUGUUGACUACCGCUCAUCUCACACCAACAUCGCCCAGGCCAGCACUGGUCCAUUUGCCCCCCAACAGAUGGCAGCGUCCUCCUCCAUGCCCUGGCUGGGCACCGGGCAGACCAGCAUGGGAGCCAGUGUGAUCAUGAAGAGGAACCUGAACAAUGUGAAGAGAAUGACAUCUCAUCCCAUCUAUCAGUACUAUAUGACAGGAGCUCAGGAUGGCAGUGUGCGGAUGUUUGAGUGGAAUCGUCCACAGCAGCUCAUCUGCUUCAGACAGGCUGGAAAUGCUCGAGUCACUCGCCUCUACUUCAACUCACAGGGCAACAAGUGUGGCGUUGCAGAUGGUGAAGGAUUUUUGAGCCUCUGGCAAGUCAAUCAGACCUCCUCAAACCCAAAGCCCUAUUUGAGUUGGCAGUGUCACAGUAAAAGCUGUGGAGAUUUCGCCUUCAUCACGUCCUCUAGUCUGAUCGCCACAGCAGGACAGUCCAAUGAUGGCAGAAAUGUCUGUUUAUGGGACACACUGAUCGCUCCAAGUAACUCCAUGAUACACGCCUUCCAGUGUCAUGAGAAUGGUGCGACCGUUCUUCAGUAUGCUCCUAAGCAGCAGCUGAUCAUCACGGGCGGCAGGAAGGGGUUCGUCUGUGUUUUUGACAUCCGUCAGAGGCAACUGCUAAACACAUUCCAGGCACACGAUUCGGCCAUCAAAGCCCUUGCCAUGGACUCCAGCGAGGACUUCUUUGUCACUGGUUCGGCUGAGGGGAACAUGAAGGUCUGGAAGUUGGCAGGUCAUGGCCUCAUGCACUCGUUCAGCACCGAACACGCCAAACAGUCCAUUUUCCGCAACAUCGGCGCCGGCGUGAUGCAGAUCGAAACCUGCCCGGGGAAUCGGAUCUUCACCUGCGGCGCCGACGGGACCCUGAAGAUGAGGGUCCUUCCCGACCGCUACAACAUUCCAGCCAGUAUAUUCCAGAUCCUCUAACAGCGGAGCGGCCCCCUGGAACACUUAACGCUUUCAUCGACACCUCUGCGUUUCCUUAGCUGUGAAUCGUAACACUGGUAACAAAUAUCUCGCACCUCGCCCCACGAAAAAAAAAAAAAAACACGCCGAGGUCCCUCGAUUACUGAACGAUCGACUCCGGAUAACGCGAAUCCGGAUAACGCGUUGGUAGGAAAAACUGUAUGCAUGAGCUGUUUGAGUUAUCGCACUCCAUUCCCAGGUUAUUGGUCGUGCUCUUGUAAAAGUGCUCAAAGCUCCAUUUUUAAGUGUGUAUGUGUGUGUCUUCAUUUUGUGCCCAUUUUAGCAUCUAAAAUACCAGCACUGUGCUUCUGCUCUCAGUGUAAGUCCAGUUGUUGGGUUUUUGUUUUUACUGUACGUUUCUCCUUGGCUGCUAAUGUAUUUGCGGAGUGUAAAAUGGCACAGUACCCUGGUGGCCCGGCGGUUCGCCACGGUCCCAGAGACACAACCCUUUCCCUGCCACACACACAAACACACAAACACACACACAAGUGCGCACGCUGCUGACGACACGCAAACAUUCCACGCGAGACAAUGGCGCUUGCUCCUGGAAAUGACGUGUUUCACUUCUUCGUCCGUCAGAGCCCUCAAAAACCUCACUUCUAACAGAACCGGUUUCGUUUUCGUUUAGAUUUUUUUGCACAAAAUAUUUGUUUGUUUGUUUGUUUGUUUUUUGUCUGUUCUUUUACAAAAAAUGUCGUAUUUAUAUUUAACUUUUAGGAAUGUAAGGAAUGUUUUAGAUGUCUGGGAUCAAAGUGCAACACUGAAUAGCUUUGUGUUUUAUUUAUUUACAUAUUUAUUUUUUCAUGUUUUAUCUCUUCUAAAUAUUUGCACUCAGAUCUGGGGAAACAAUACCAAUCUCAUGUGGUAAAAGCUCUAUUAGAGGAAACUGUUAUUUACAAAUGAAUGUCUGGCUGUGUGUGGCCGAGUAGUUACAAAGUGGAAAUAGUUUUAAACGAAUAAAUAUAUAUAAAUAUAUAUAUAUAUAAAUUAAUGAAAUAUUACAAUAGCUUGUACAAACACAAUAUUGCUUUUACUUUAUUUUUUUUUAUUUGAUCUUAACUGCUGGAAUAGUCGUAUCUUUGGUUUGACGUACAUGUGGUAUUUAUUCAAAUCAUAUUUGUGUUUCUGUCUGAUUUGCUGGGCACCAUGUCAACUGUCCGUACUUUUAAAUGUUCAACCGAUGGUCUGAUGUGUAUUUAUUGAACAGCCUGAUCCGUCUGCGUGUGUGAAAAAUGCAAACCCCCGCCUCUAAAAACACUGGUUGAUAUAUCCCUGAAGGAAACACCAGGUAGUUCUGUCAUGGUCAAAGUUUUACCUUUGUAAGUUGAAUAAAUUCUUUUUAUUUGAAUUAAA